GCUUCAGCCUUCAUUCGGGCACUUUGCUUUCCCUCACACCUCGCAGCUUCAUAAGCCUCGUGUGAAGAAGUAACCCUUUGCAGACCCAGCAGAAAGGCCUUGAAGCAAUAUCGCUUUUUGUCCUUUUUUUGGAAGACGGCCAUCAGAAUACACCCAGCAGUCUUUGUGAUCCCAUUCUUUCGUUUUGAUCAUGGCCCACACCGGCGUCGUGAAAAAGUAUGACAACCUCAAGGGCUUCGGCUUCAUUGUUCCAAGUGGAACCAAUCAGGACCUCUUCGUGCUCCGAACCGAUGUCAUUGGUGGAUCACUCCAGGCGGGUGACAAGGUGGCUUUCGAUGAGGGGCUGAACGAGCGCACAGGGAAGCCUAAGGCGAUCCACGUCACUGGCGGAACUGGGCCUCAAGGCAAAGGAGAUGGCGAGGGCGAACGAGGUGGUAAAGGAAAGGGCAAGAAGAGCGACAAGGGAAAGGGAGGCCCGAAGAUGGCAGGCCUCGCCGGACCGGUGGCUGGCAUGCCCUGCCCCUGUGGGCCUUGUGGACCCUGUGGUCCUUGCGGGCCCUGCGGGUGCUUGGGAGGUGGCGGCUGCGGCUUGACAGGUAAGCCAAUGGCCAUGGCCGAAGGCCUAGGAGGCGCCAAGACCGGCGUGGUGAAGUUUUUCAACGACGAGAAGGGCUUCGGUUUCAUCAAGCAGGACGAUGGCGGCACCGACCUUUUCGUGCAUCGCAACGACGUGGUGGACCAACUCCUCAAGGAGGGGGACCGUGUGCAGUACUCCGAGGCCGUGGACAGCCGCACCGGCCGCAUGAAGGCGCAGCAGGUGGCAGGCGGCACUGGCGGCGCCAAGCCCCCAGAGAAGGGCAAAGGCAAAGGCAAGAAGGGCAAGAAGCCGCAGCAAGAUUCGCCGUCCCCAGCAAUCAACUUGGACGUUCAGAUCGGCCAGAAGCCCUUCCCCAGCGGUCCUGGCAUCCUCAUGGGCGACUUGGGCAAGACAGGCUUCCCCGGCUGCGGUGCGACCGGCUGCGAGGGCAGUGACUCCGGUUGCGGCUGCGGGGGUCUUUGCGGCUGCUGCCCUGGCUGCGGCUGCGGUUGUGGGUGCAUGGGCCUUCAAGGCUGUGGUAACCUUCAGAUGGGCGGCGGCUGCAACGCAGGUUGCGGGAACUGCGGCGGCAACUGUGGGUGCAUGCCUGGCAAUGCCAACAACUGUUUGGGUGGUGGCUGCGGAUGCGGAGGCUGCGGUGGCUGCGGUGGUUGCUGCGGCUGCGGAUGUGGCUGCGGCGGCUGCGGCUGCGGCGGCUGCGGAUGCGGCGGCUGCGGUGGCUGCGGUGGCUGUGGCUGUGGUGGAUGCGGUGGCAGCUUGGGUGAAGGUGGCAACUGCUUCAACGCCAACACCGGCUCGAAUUUGAGUGCUCAGAUGUACGAAAGGAUUGCUGCCAAUGCAUCGGCAGGUGGCCGAAGCUACGACGAUUUCGGUGACUAUGGAGGCCAAGGCACACAAAACUUGGCCCGGGCGGCCUUCGCCAACCUCGCAGGCACACUUGGUGCUGGCAACCAAGGACAAGGUGGCAUGGCUGGCUGCAUGCCCAGCGAUACCACAAGCGGCUGCUUUGGCAACACUGGAGCCAACGCGGCUCUGACGCCUGCCAUGUACGAGAGGUUGACCAAUGCCACUGGUGGAGCAGGCGCAGGCAGCAACAUGCUUGCCGCCUCAGGCAACUUCCAGGAAUAUGACGACUACGCCAGCCAAGGAUCGAACCUGGCACGCGCGGGCUGCUUGCCAAAUUUCGCAGGCAACACCAUGCUCUCAGCCUCACAGGGUGCAGGUGGAACCUCGCUUGGCGGUACCGGACAAGGCCAAGGCGUCGGCGUGGGCAACAUGAGUCAGGUUACCAUGAGCCAGAUGCAGGCGAUGAUGGCGGCGAACCCCAAUGUUUAUCAACAGAUGAAUCCAGGCAACGUGUCACAAGGGGGCAGCCUUUGAGUUCGGAAUGAGCGAGGCUUCCGGUGGUCGGUGGCAAAUUGAAUGGCAUGUGUCAGAAUGAGGGCCCGCUUCGGUAGGCAAGCAAGACAAUCUUAGGUAAAAGUACAUCCCACCGACCGGAAGCCUGUAAGUGAGAUGGAGCAUUCUUGACCGUACGUACACGCAUGUUCGCCUGCCAGCA